GUUCCGGUUGUUCUGCACGGAACCAACAUUAUCAUCAGGAAGUGAAGGGCGGUGGUUGAGAAAAGAGCAGCGACGGGCUAGCUGAUAAGUUUCGGGUUGUCGUCAGAAACAAAACACAGUCAAGAUGUCAAGCAAAAGAGCAAAGGGAAAGACCACAAAGAAGCGCCCUCAGCGCGCCACCUCCAAUGUCUUCGCCAUGUUUGACCAGUCUCAGAUUCAGGAGUUCAAGGAGGCUUUCAACAUGAUCGACCAGAACCGUGAUGGCUUCGUUGACAAAGAGGACCUCCACGACAUGCUCGCCUCCCUGGGAAAAAACCCAACUGAUGAAUACCUGGAGGCCAUGAUGAUGGAAGCUCCUGGACCCAUUAACUUCACCAUGUUCCUCACCAUGUUUGGAGAGAAGCUCAAUGGCACAGACCCCGAAGAUGUGAUCAGAAAUGCAUUUGCUUGCUUUGAUGAAGAGGGGACAGGUUUCAUCCAGGAAGAUUACCUCAGAGAACUGCUCACAACAAUGGGUGACCGGUUUACAGACGAGGAGGUGGACGAGCUUUUCAGGGAGGCCCCCAUCGACAAGAAGAGUAACUUCAACUAUGUGGAGUUCACACGCAUCCUAAAGCACGGUGCCAAGGAUAAGGACGAUUAAAGAGCCAUACCAGCGUAUUCCUUUUCCCCCUUCUCUCCCUCUUUUGUCAGCUAGAUCACCGUGCUGCAUGUCUCAACUCUACAGUAUAAAACCCUGUUGUCAAGCAAACCAAAGCAAUAACUAUCCACUGUAUUUGAUGUGAACUUCCAGUUUUGCCAGACUUAAACAUCUCUAAUGGGAAGAAAAAUUUUAUAAGCGGUUGUCUAAUGUUUUUUUCUGUCAUGUAAAGAUGUGAAGUGGCAGCAUAUUGGAAGCUCUUAAGGGAUACGUCUUUGCAAUUAUCAUCAUGAUCGGGUUCAGCUGAAUUUUUACAUUUUAUAAUAUAAACUUUUUAAAUAAAGCCCUCUAUCAAGUUGUAGUUUGCUGACUGUUUCCCUUGCAUAAAUGACAACUGAAAUAA